AUGAAGUUUUCUCACAAUCUAGCAUAUUCUCAUUUUGCCACCGGUCGUCUUUUGCAUUUGGCACUUGUGUUCUUGACUUGUGCAAAUGUCGCCCUGGGCUUUUUAACCAGACCACCAAAGAUUGACACCCACCACCAUUUUGUGCCUGACUUCUACGCAGAAGCCCUCACAGAGGCUGGAGGAGACCCGUCUGGUUGGCCUACUCCUCAAUGGAGCCCUGAGUUGUCUUUGGAGAAUAUGAAGGAAAAUGGAAUCAACAAAGCAAUUUUAUCGUUGACUGCUCCAGGAGCGACAAUUGCAGAAACUGAUCAGGGCGCGCGCCAGCUCGCUCGCCGAGCCAAUAUGUACGCAGCGGGCUUGCGCGACAAGCAUCGUGACAGAUUUGGAUUUUUCGCUGCCAUGCCUUCGCUAAUGGACGUAAAUGGUACCUUAGCCGAGGUAAAGUAUGCACUUGAUGUUUUGAAAGCUGACGGCGUUACGUUGUUUACACGGUACGGCGAUGAAAACAACUACUUGGGCCAUGAGAUAUUUGCACCGAUUUGGAGCGAGCUUGAUAAGCGCAAAGCAGUCGUCUUCAUCCAUCCUACACACCCGGUUGACCUAGCGAGGGUUAAUCCACUCCUUCCCCAGCCAUCAAUAGAUUAUCCACAAGAAACCACCAGGGCCGCCGUUGACAUGAUCAUCAGCAACGUCACCCAGCAGUAUCCGAACUGUGUCCGAAUUUUGUCCCAUGCCGGUGGAACACUUCCGUACCUUAUGUCGCGGCUUGCUGUUACAUCACGCGCAACAAGAUACACCAAGAAAACGUGGGGGAAAACAUAUGAUGAUUUGAUGGAUGACUUUCGGUCUUUCCAUUAUGACUUGGCUUUGUCUAGCUCCCCUGCAGUAUUGGAACUUCUACUGGAGCUUGUGCCCUAUGACCAUAUAACAUACGGUAAGCCGCAGGCGUGA